AUGUUCAAACUGUCUCUAAUCCUAAUUUCAAUUGUCUCGUUGACCGUUGGGCAUAUCUGCGUGUGGCAACCAAGACAGCGCGGCGCUUUUAAUAUUGAUGGUCCUGAUUCCGAUGCAUGUUAUCGUAAACCAAAGCCAUGUGGAGGUAUUAGUGGAUCAAAAAAUGGUAAACGUACGAAAAUACAAGCUGGUAAAGCAUAUACAGUUGAAUUUCAACAAAACUUAAAUCAUUAUUACACAAAUAAUCCGGGAAAAUUGGAUAUAUCCUUUGCUGUUGGUCUCAAUCCUGUGGAAAAUGAUUUUCGAAUAUUAAAAUCGAUCAAUGAUUACAAUCCAAUGAAUCAAAUAACACAAACAAAUUUUUCAAUGGAUAUACGAUUACCAAAAGUAACAUGUAAACAAUGUGUUCUACGUGUUAGAUAUGUAACAAAUAAUCCAGCUGAAAAUGAUCAUGGUACAACAUUUCAUCAAUGUUCUGAUAUAGAAUUAACAUCAAAACCGAUUAAAGAAAAUGAAAAAAUUGUGAAACAAGCUGAGCAAAGAAUUCUUAAUGAAAAUAAGAAACCGAAUAUUCCAAAAGAAAAAAAUUUACAUGAUUGUUGUGCACCACAAAGUUUUCUCACAUUUUUUGUACAUCAUAUACCCCAAAUAAAGUUUUAUAGCUCUGGUGUAAUCUAUUACGAUAAGCCAUCACAACAGAUGAGAGUAUCACUAAUCGCUGGCGAUGGAGAAUCAAAUAAAGCACAAAAUGGUAAAUUUGAUAUGUGGAUGAACUUUACUUCGGGAUUACAAUAUUAUUAUAAUAUUCAUGAUAAAAUAUGUUACGUGUUGGGAUUAGAUUAUUUUAAUGAUUGGUGUUUUGGUAAUAAAUAUAAUGAAAGUGAAGAUUUCGUAGCUAAAGAUGUGAAAUGCAAAAGUCACAUAGGUUUAUGUAACCAAUGGAAAAAUGGUGACUUUAUAUUUGAAGCAUAUGCUGAACGUACAAAAUCUGGUUGUUACCCGGCAGGAAUACAUCGCUUAUCAACUGGUGAACAAACAGAUUAUUAUUAUUCGCUUGAUGGUCCCUUCUCGCCUGAAAUCUUUCAGCCCAAUGAGCUAUGUCUGAAACAUGCCAUUUCAAGCAAAUAA